GAGCACGCCGCGCGCGUGGGGGGGUGCGUGCUGCCGGAGGAGUCCCGCGUGGAAGCUGACCGAGCCGAGCGACGCGCUUGUGCAACCCGUGACCCGCUGGCCGGAGAGAGGGCAGCGAGCGUGAGCAGGGAGGGCUGUCUCUGUGCAGGAAGGUCCUCUUCUCACAACGCAGGCCUUUCCUGCAAAAGAGGAGGGGAAAGCGAGCCUAGGCAUUUCCUGAUAACGAGCAGACAGAAAGCACCUCUGCUUCAACCCUCUUAUUGGCCACGUGAAUCCCUCACGUAUCGGUUUGAAACCUGGUCAUAUCGACGGAUGAAACGUGCCAUCACGCGAGAUGAGUCACAGAUGCCUCUAGAGCCAGGCGAGAAACACCCGUGUCUGUGAUUCCCCGAGAGGACGUGAGGUGCCGUAUCAUCUACAGACAUCAGUGAAAUAACUUCUUUCUGAAUGCGAAGAACGGCGCUUUUAUGAGUUACUAGGGGGUUUUGCUGUAAAUUUCAGUCACGUCAUCGGCGAAAGGCGCUGUAGUGGCACCGUCUAGUUCCGCUGGGCUCUCUGGAUGCUGUUGGUCAGUUCUCUCUGUGCGCCCCUGUGAGCCGAAGUCCGAGCGGACAUGUUCUGAAAAAUUGCCAUUUUUUAACCUACGUGAAAGCAAUCGCAUUGCUGUCAGCAGAACUACAAAUUGUAUUAACUAGCUGUAGUGGGCGGUAGCACGAACACCAGCAGCGCUAUGGGUAGAAGCAGAGGGUUCAGCAGUUUUACUGUGGUAUAUUGUUCAAGUUCCAAUCCCGCGCACGAGCCCGACCCUUCGUCACCCGCGCGCCCGGGAGAGAGCCCUCGAGGGCCCGGCCUUGACCCCUCUGCAGCCCCGCCCGCCCUCGCGCACGCUCGAGGCUGGCCGGUGGCUGCGGGUGCGAGAGGAGAAACGCUCCACACCCUCCCUGAAACGAGGAGGAGAAAAAGUACACAUUGGGGAAAAAUACAAAAGGUCCUAUUGAGCAGCCACCAUCACCCUUGUGAGCUUUCGCCAGCUCAGAGACGAACGCAGAAAAAACAACAACAAAACAACUCAUGUUGCACUACACUACACUAGAACCUUUCAACACGGAAUUUUUCGAAGUCGUCUCAACUUCUCUCUUUUACAUCCGUUCGAGUUUGUACCGGGCGUCGGAUGUAGCUGGGAAAAGAUACACAGGUUACGGUCAGCUUUCUGGAGUUGCGUGUUUUUUAAAAGCCCGUAUUUGCAUGGUGGGGGGCGUGUCCUGUGCACCUAUUGGUCGCGGGAGGCAGCGCACAGUAAACAGCUCGGUCACGAGCGCCCGGCGCGCGGCGGCGGGGCUGGUGCUGCGAGACAGUUCGGCGCAACAAGCCGGAGAGACGCGGCGCCUCCGAGCUCUCGCACGCUCGCUCACUCGCUGUUGAGCGCCGAGCAUCGAAAAUAAAAGAAAAAAGAGCGAAGAAGCCGGAGAGGCAGUCGAGGAGGCGCAAUGCUUCUUUGCCGGGGAGCAAGACUGCAGGUAGCGGUUCGAGACGCCGGCGCCCCGGGUCGGUGCUGGAAGUUCCCGGGAGCGGGGCAAGUCCGGAGGAGUCCCGCCUGCGCGUUGCACAACCAGCCCGGUGCAGCGUUCGCCCUGGGCGGCAGCGCGAACCCCGGCCCGGCGUCGGCACCGCCGCACGCAGAGGGGAGAGGAGACGCCAGAGUCUGGUUCCCAGCCCGCCGGACCUCCCCGGAUUACAGCCCGUGCAGGGACACGGGACUGGCCGCCGGCGCGUGGCCCUGCGGGAUUCGCCCCCCCAGUGGGAGAAGUCACCCGCCGUGGAUGCCCCGGGGGUCCGGUGGGCUGGACAGAGCCGGCGCCGCCGAGCAGAUGCUCUUCCCGACGGGGAGGCGUUUCUAUCUGCGCUCUCCCGCAGGCAGGGCGCAGCUGAAAGCCGACUCUCCCGCAGUAGCCGCCCAGAAACUCGCGGCCGGAGCCGUGGAGACCAGCUCGGCACCGAAAUGCGAGCCCCCAGGGGGCGUCCCAAGCCCGGAGCAGUCCCAGGACGGGCGGAUCAGCAAAACCCAGCAGCUCAGGAAGGUGUUCAAGGAGUACGGCGCGGUGGGGGUGACGUUCCACGUGGGGAUCUCGCUCGUGUCCCUCGGGAUGUUCUACCUGGCCAUCUCAAGUGGGAUCGACAUGGCGGCUGUCCUGUUCAAGCUGGGCUUCAGCGAGGCGGUGGUCCAGUCCAAGAUGGCGGCGGGCACCAGCACCUUCGUGCUGGCCUACGCCGUGCACAAGCUCUUCGCCCCCGUGCGCAUCAGCGUCACGCUGGUGUCGGUGCCCUUCGUCGUGCGCUACUUCCGCAAGACCGGCCUCUUCAAGCCCCCGGCCUCCAGCCCCUGAGCGGCGCUCGGCCCCCCCGGCCCCCCGCUGCCCCUCCGCAUCGCCACAGCACUGGAAAGUCCUGCCCAAUCCCCCACCCCCCCCUCCUGCACUGGGACCCCUGCAGCAUUCCGGUCACCCGUGGACGUCGCCCCAGCAGGUCCUGCACCUUUGAAUACUGGUCGUUUGGGUCCUGGAGUGGCCUUUUCCACUGCUGCUCUCCCUGGGGGCUCCUUCCUGUCGGGCCUCCUGGGGGUUUUCACCAGCAGCUGCUCUCGCUGGCCUUUAUUUUGCGGAUGUUUUUAGUUAGGAGCUGCUAUCGGCGAAGCCUGCGCAAAUCACUGAGCAACUGGGACGAGGGGAGCAGAUGAUGUCCUCUGUCUGCUGCACGCUCAGACGGACACGUUCCCUAGGCCCGUAGGGAGCCGUUUCGUUGGAAAAAAAUAAGCUAAAAAAGAAGUUUCCCCCUCUCGGAUGUUUCUCGCUACUCUUUGCUUAAAUCGAACUGAAAAAGAGGAGCGGUUGACAGUUCACAAUCCUGCUGUAAGCACUUGAAUUAGCCUCCUCUUCUAGGCACUCUUGAGGGAUUCACGACUGCUUAGAAAAAGUUCAAGCCUUGUGAGAGGUGUGGUACAAGCCUUGCAUGAACAAGGCGUCAGGUAGGGUUUGUCUCCAAGAGACAUGCUCAUCGGGGAGAGUUCAUGCACCCCUCAACAAGCCAUAAACGCUUCGACACGACUGUCACACUAACUGGCCAAGCCUUAAGCUAACUGUGAGACGAGGCGGUGUGCGUAAGUAUUCGUCUUAAAAUUUGUUCCUCAAUCAGUUUGGUGAGAGUUUCGUUUGUAAAGUGCUAUUUCCUGACGCUGAUCAGCUCAAAGCACUUCACAGAGUCCGUAACUGUUGAUGGGCACUGGCAGG